AUGCUGGAAUUACAGGUGUCUGGAUGGCAUUCCUCUGGGCAGCAGGUGCGCUUCCUGGAGCAGCAGAACAAGCUGCUGGAGACCAAGUGGCAGUUCUAGAAGAACGGCCAGUGCUGCGAGAGCAAACUGGCGCCCCUGUUCAAUGGCUACAUCGAGAUGCUGAGGCAGGAGGCUCAGCGUGUGGAGGCUGACAGCGGGAGGCUGGCCUCGGAGCUCAGCCACGUGCAGGAGGUGCUGGAGGGCUACAAGAAGUAUGAAGAGGAGGUUGCCCUGAGGACCACAGCAGAGAAUGAACUUGUCAGAAUCAAGCAGGAGGUUAACUGUGCCUACGUGUGCAAGGGAGAUCUGGAAGCCAGUGCCCACAGCCUGGCAGAGGAGGUGGACUUCCUGAAGACCCUGUAUGAGGAGGAGAUGAGAAUCAUGCAAGCCCAUAUUUCACACACCUUGGUCAUUGUCAAGAUGGACAACAGCCAGGACCUGAACAUGGACAGCACUGUGGCUGAGAUCAAGGCUAACUAUGAUGACAUUGCCAGCUGCAGCCGAGCUGAGGCUGAGAGCUGGGACCACAACAAGUGUGAGGAGAUCAAGGCCACUGUGAUCCGGCAUGAGGACACCCUGCCCCGCACCAAGGAGGAGAUCAACGAGCUGAACCGCAUUAUGAGGCUGAUGGCUGAGGUCGAGAAUGCCAAGUGCCAGAACUCCAAACUGGAGGCUGCAGUGACCCAGGCUGAGCAGCAGGGCGAGGCAGCCCUUAAUGAUGCCCGCUGCAAGCUGGCUGGGCUGAAGGAGGCCCUGCAGAAGGCCAAGCAGGACAUGGCCUGCCUGCUCAAGGAGUACCAGGAGGUGAUGAGCUCUAAGCUGGGCCUGGACUUUGAGAUCGCCACCUACCGCAAGCUGCUGGAAGGCGAGGAGAGGAGGCUUGGUCUGGGAUUUGGGGCAGGGAACAUCACUGCCGUCUGGAGCUGGCCCCUGUGCCCUGGAGACGAGCGCCCCUGGCGGCGGCUGCGCGCCCUGCGGCUCCCCCGGCGGGGUCGGGGGCUUCAGCGGCAGCGGCUCCAGCGGAUGCUGAACCCUUCCUGCCCUGCUCAGGAGAAGUUCAGGAAACUCUAG